AUGGCUCUGCCUAUUACGACAAUCAGUCAAACUGGCAGCAGGGGCCAAACCAACCAAGACAAGGAGACAGCGGCCGAAGUUCUGCUCCGGGAUAUGGAGAAUCGCGACAAUAAGGACGAUGUUCUGCCAUUGCUCUACCUUCAAAGCAUGGAGAAAAGGUCGUCGUCCAAACAAGACAGGGUUUUCGAAGUGUGUCGGCCUGAAAAAGCUGCUGGGAUACAGGGAUUACCGACAUACUGGGGGAGACUUGGCCAGGAUGACGGUGAAGAUAUGAUGUUGGUUUCUACACAUCUAGAGCAACGUUUUGUUUUCGACGACCAAUUCGCUGCCAGAGCAUGCGUCGUUUAG